AUGGCAGCAUAUGAUCGGCUGGCCCGCCUGACAAAGGGCAACAUUGAGCUAUGCCGCUGGACUCUCAGCAGUGUCGAGAACUUCUUGAAAGUGGGCCUGUGCAGCCACCAAGACCUGCGCGGCACAGCCUUCUAUGGCAGGACCAGCAUGGCCCAGAAAUGCUUGCUGGAUGUGUUCUGCGUGAAGCGGGACCUCUUGAACCACUUCCUGGCCACUGCUGGCCCUCCGCCGAAUGACAUUGCUCUUCUGCAGCCCUUGGGACUGCGGUCAGAUCACUGGAGCGGUUUUUUCCAAGAAGUAGUGGUGGAUACCUUCGAGGCUGUGGAUCUGCGAGGCACUGGCCACCUGCGGCUUCCAGACAUCAAGGCGAACUUCCUGAAGUGCCAGGAGCUGGUGACGCAGGUUCAGCUGGCUGCGCAGAACCCAGGCAAGACGGAGGAGCUCAGCUACCAUGACUUCGUGGCUUAUUGCCUAGGCUACCGCCGUUCCACGGUGCAGCUCAACUGGUACGACGUGUCGCGGGGCUACGCCAAGUGGGUGCCCGGGAAGCUGGUGGGCCAGGAAGGCCAGGGCCUGGAAGGUAUUUGGCACACCGGCGUUCUCGCCUUCGGCCGGGAGUACUGGUUUGGAAGUGAGAAGGAGCAGCGUUGA